AUGAAGUCCGAACUAGAAAUAAGAGAAAGCAGAAAGAUGGGUCGUAAAGUAGUAGUAGCUGUAUGUACGCUUAAUCAAUGGGCCCUUGACUUCGAAGGUAAUUUACGGAGAAUCCUAGAAUCAAUUCAGGAAGCCAAAGAACAGGGCGCUCUAUAUAGAACGGGACCUGAAUUAGAGAUUUGUGGGUACAGCUGCGAAGAUCACUUCCACGAACCGGACACGUUCCUUCAUAGUUGGCAGGUUUUAGCGGAGCUGCUAAAGUCUUCAACAUGCCAAGAUAUCCUCAUAGAUGUCGGCAUGCCCGUCCAACAUCGCAAUGUGUCUUACAACUGUCGUGUAGUGUUUCUGAAUAAGAAAAUUCUGCUUGUCCGACCAAAGAUGAUGAUGUGUGAAGAUGGUAACUACAGGGAGUCGCGAUGGUUUUCUUGUUGGACAAAGGAACGACAAAUAGAAGACUAUUUUUUGCCACGCAUGAUUGCUAAUAUUACAAAUCAGACGACAGUACCCAUAGGCGAUGGUGUUAUAGCUACUAAAGACACUUGCAUUGGUUUUGAAAUUUGCGAAGAAUUGUGGAAUCCGCAAAGUCGACACAUUCCCUUAGGCCUGGACGGAGUAGAGAUUAUUUCGAAUGGUUCCGGUAGUUACAUGGAGUUACGAAAAGCGUAUGUGACCGUGGAUUUAGUUAAAAGCGCCACUUUUAAAAGUGGUGGUGCAUAUUUAUUCAGUAAUCUAAGAGGAUGUGAUGGCCAGAGAAUUUAUUUCAACGGGUGUUCAUGUGUGGCUGUGAAUGGGAAUAUUGUUAGUAGAGGAUUACAAUUCGCUCUACAAGACGUGGAAGUUACAACAGCUACUAUAGAUCUUGAGGACAUAAGGUCUUAUCGCAAUAAAAUACGUUCGAGAAGCCAUGUCGCUGCAUCGAACCCCCCAUUUCCCAGAAUCACAAUUGAUUUUGCCCUGUCAGAUGACAGUGACAUGUGCCUCAUAGUGAAUCGACCCAUUGAAUGGAAAUAUUUAACCCCGGAAGAAGAAAUAGCAUUGGGUCCAGCUUGUUGGUUGUGGGAUUACCUAAGAAGGUCGGGGCAAGGUGGGUUCUUUCUACCGCUAAGUGGAGGAGUGGAUUCGUCUAGUACUGCAUGCAUCGUGUUUUCCAUGUGCACUUUGAUAUGUGAAGCCGUUGAACGAGGAGAAUCGCACGUCUUAGACGAUGUACGUAGAGUCGUGUGUGAUUCCGAGUAUACUCCUAAAAACCCAAAGGAACUGUGCAAUAAAUUGCUUGUCACUUGUUAUAUGGCUUCUGAGAAUUCUAGCCAAGAAACAAACCAGCGGGCUAAGCAGCUUGCCAGUGAAAUUGGGAGCUACCAUUUCCCAGUGCUGAUAGAUACAGCAGUUAAAGCCGUAGUUGGUAUUUUUCAAGCUGCUACAGGGCUUAUACCAAAGUUCAAAAGCAACGGCGGAUGUGUACGAGAGAAUCUCGCGUUACAAAAUAUUCAGGCUCGAGUAAGGAUGGUCCUUUCGUAUUUGUUCGCGCAACUAAUGCUGUGGGUGCAGGGCAGACCUGGUUGUCUGCUAGUGUUGGGGUCUUCCAACGUAGACGAGGCGUUACGCGGUUACCUCACCAAAUACGAUUGCUCUAGUGCUGAUGUUAACCCUAUUGGUGGCAUAUCCAAGACGGACUUGAAGUCUUUUUUGCUUUAUGCCACAAACCGGUACAGAUUACCAGCUCUCUCCGACAUCCUCGAAGCCCCACCGACCGCUGAGUUAGAACCCCUAGCAGAGGGUAAAAUAACUCAAACUGACGAACAAGAUAUGGGCAUGACCUACGCGGAGCUAUCAGAAUUCGGACGUCUAAGGAAAAUGCACUCCUGUGGGCCGUAUGGAAUGUUUGAAAAGCUGCUUCAUACUUGGAGUGAGAGAACACCACAGGAGGUUGCCGAUAAAGUGAAACAUUUCUUUCGCUGCUACGCAAUUAAUCGGCAUAAAAUGACAGUUCUGACACCGUCAUACCACGCCGAAACGUACAGCCCAGAUGACAAUCGGUUCGAUCAUCGGCCUUUCUUAUACCCAGUGAACUGGCACUGGCAGUUUCGGCAGAUUGACGAGUCAGUAAGCCUGAUGACUAAAAUUCAAGAGACGGAAUCUGCCUAA